AUGGUGCCCAGCACCAUCGAGGAGCCGAAGAGGCUUAGCCACGCACACAUCGAUGGCGAAAGCGGGCGGACAGUAGCCUCUAGGACACGUAUGCGCGAGACGGCUGUUAUCGUUUCCCUUGGCAAGGGCCGAGGCGUCUCUCCGCUGUGGCCAGAGCCUCAAACCCAUAAUGCGCAUCUGAGCAAGAACGACUAUCAAGGCUCACACUCGAUCGACACAUAUGAUUCACCCAUUCUCCAAAUUUCUAGCUCCCCUUACGUGUCGGGUAGCCGUCUAGAUGCUGGCUCGACGAGUUUGCUCGUACGACUAGAGGGCACCACCCAUCUCGUCAACCUCAUUCCUAACCCCGAGUUCAUCGCCACCUCUUCCUCGGCCCCAAUUUCUGUCAAACGGGUGGCAGAGCUCGGCCAAAACUCCACUGAUAGGCGGCGACAUGUCGACGUCGCGAUGGAUCCUUACAGCUGGGGACGCGCCGCGAUCGUCGACGAGGGGGGUGGCGUGUGGCUUUGGUGGGAGGAGAAGGAGCUCUUCAACGGACGGCUAGCCAAAGUCACUAAGCUGGUCAAACUACGCAGUUCUGUUUCAGACGCCAAGGACGACUUCUUCCGUGUCGCUUUCGGUGUCCGUCCCGACACGCUCCUUGUCUUGUCCCGCCACAGCAUUGUGGAGAUCGACACUUCUCCAGCCCCUAUUUCCAACCGACGCAUCAUCACACUGUUCUCCCUCCAAGAUCCUUCCGAGACUUUCACUGCGAUUGGACGAUCGUCUUCACUACGAGGAGGUGGUAUCAUCUACGUGUGCACAACGAAGCACGUCCUGUGGAUCGACCCAAGUGGGACACAGUCUCCAUUGAUGCGAUGGCGCCACGAGUUGGGAGGCGAGCAGGAUCAAGACUUGCGCUUGGUCGUGGUUUCAUCAGAGGACGCUCCGGCCGUUGGCGGCGAGACGGUGCUUGUGUAUCAACCAUCAUCCGGGCGUGUCCAUGGCACGCUCACACUCACAUUCGACAAUGGCCUCCCAGCGCUCAUAUCUGACCCUUGGGUACUCUCAGUACCUCAGUCGGGCGAAAUCAACACCCUCGUCGGGUUCACGCUCUCUCCCUCGAAAUACAGAAAGACCGACGGGGCGGUGAUGCUCGUCUCGACUGGCAACGACACGUUCAGCGUCAGCAAGCUCUCUAUGUCGCAGGACAAGCGAUUCGACGAUGAGAGCUCACAGUCAAGCUAUCCGCAUAUUGACAUUCCAUCCCUAGCAAACGGUCUGCCUGCCACAGAGCCGGCAGCCGGUACGACGUCAUCCAAACAUUUGGCUAUCCCGGGCCGGUGGGCAUGGUUGUCCAUCAAUGACGAGACAGCCACCCCAUUGCUGGAUCCUGCGGAGCUCAGCGUGUACCUCAAGGAUCCCAAGGAUCAUUUGGACACAGUUGCAACUCGUGCAGAGCUUGUACGUGCAGCUGCGUAUCUAAAUCCUCCGACGACGCGCUCUCAUGUUUUGCGAGGCGUGAAUUACCAAGAGUCGUUCUCGGCCAGUGACAUCGCGAGUGCCACUCUAUCCUCCCACGUCGAGUUCUCCGCCACCAACGGUACGCUUCUUGGGGAUGGUGUCGGGGAGCUCGCCGCAUCAACUCCCAAACGGCAUAAGGAGGCAGAACCUCGUGUACCCGACCGACCCUCGCCGGCCACAGGCGCACGAGUGGAAGCCCUCUCGGCGCUCCACAUCGCCUAUAACCUCGCCACUGAGGCGCGACCGUACGGGCCCAUCUGUGCGCCGCGUCCCGUCUCAAUCAACGGUCCCUCAGGUAGCGGGCCGCCCUCUCAGGUCCCCACACAGAGACGUGGCAGUCCUACUUUUGGUCGGACGCCAUCGUCUCCCACUGCCCUCAGUGACCCCGAUACCUUCCCGCAGACCCAGAUCGAGCGCGGAGCGCAUGGUGCACGUCCGGAGGCGGCAACCAAGGCAUCGAAGAAGAAGGUGACCAAGCGCCGACAUGGUUUCUAG